CAUGCUGCAAAGAAAGCUAAGUUUAACGAAAAGUAUAAUCCUCACUGCAUAAGUUGUGCUCCGCUGCGCGACGGUUGUUCCCAGGGCCGGACCCGACAGCUGAACAACUUAUCAGGGAAAGUAAACGGUGUGGCCAGCGAGUUUACCAUUAUUUUGGACCUGCAAAUCUAGGUUCAACUUUUUGGUUAGGGCGCCCACCAGGACCGAAUCCCGGAAAUGAAGGAUGUCCAUUUAAAGCUCACAACUGGCCACGGGCCCGGCCAAUCUUCAGUAGGCUACGCUAAUACUGCCAAGGAGCUCUACCUUACCACAGCAGGCGCAGAUGGCAAAGUCUACCUGCGUGACGCGCUAAUCCUUGAGCCGCAGCAUGCCUGCAAGGUGGAUGCGCCUCCCGCCACCAUCCUUGCCGUCGAUCCGAAGGGCAGAUAUGUAGCCGUCGGCGACGAUCAAUACGUCAAGCUGCACAAGCUCCCCUCCCUCGCUGCCGAGAAGACGCUGUGCCGCUUCUCCCUCACCCUCCGCGCGCUGUCCUUCAGCCCGGACGGCAGCAAGCUGGCUGCGGCGGGGGACGACUCGCUGAUCAAACUGGUGGAGGUCAAGGAGGGGGCGGUUUACCGCAGCCUCUCCUGCGACGACUACGUGCUCUCGCUCGCCUGGGACCCCGAGGGCGCCUACCUGGCUGCCGUACUGCGAAGUGGCGGACUGGUGCUGUACGACACGGCCACGGGGCGGGUGGAGAAGCGGGUGGAGGGGCUGUGCGACAGGGUCGACUACUCCUCCCCCCGGCGCCACACCCCCUCCUGGCACCCCGACGGCGGCACGGUGCUUGCCGUACCGGUGGGCGCGGAGGGUGACGUGGCGCUGCACGAGCGGCUGAGCUGGGAGGUGACGGGCUACCUGAGCGGGGGGCACACGGGGGCGGUGAAUGUGGUGGCGUUCUCGCCGAAUGGCCUGUAUGCCGCCACCGCGGGUACCGACCGGCGUGUGGUGGUGUGGGAUGUGGCCGCGGGCUCCCCCCUGGCGGCGGCGGUGGCGGAGGAGGUGAUGAGCGGACUGGCGUGGAGGCCCGAGGGGAAUGAGCUGGCCAUGGUUGGCGAGGCGGGCGGUGUGGGCAUCUGGACUGCCCCGGUGCCCACCCACCUGCCCGGACCCUGCCUCUCAGCGGAGCAGCUGGAGGCGCAGCAGCGGGAGCAGGAGAGGCUGGCCGAUCUGAAGCGCCGGGCUGAGAAGCGCGGGGGCGCUGCUGGCAUCUCCUCCCUUGUCGGCCCUGCCGGGGAGCUGACGCCGCCGCCGGGAGGGGAGAUCCGCGAGGAGGAGAUUAUCGAGGAGGUUGUGCUGCAGGGGCCGGCAGGAG